AUGGGAGCAAUGGAAGGUCACAAGGCAGAAGAAAAGGUGGUAGAUAUUCUUCGACUGAAUGUGGGUGGCUGUAUUUACACAGCCAGACGUGAGUCCUUGUGCCGCUUUAAAGACUCGAUGCUGGCAUCCAUGUUCAGUGGUCGUUUUCCUCUAAAAACAGACGAAUCAGGGGCUUGUGUUAUUGACCGUGAUGGACAUCUAUUUAAAUACCUCUUGGAUUAUCUUCAUGGAGAAGUUCACAUUCCCACAGAUGAGCAAACCCGUGUUGCUCUGCAGGAAGAGGCUGAUUAUUUUGGCAUCCCGUAUCCAUACAGCCUGUCUGACCACUUGGCCAAUGAAAUGGAGACAUAUUCUUUAAGGUCAAAUAUAGAACUUAAAAAGGCUUUAACAGACUUCUGUGAUUCAUAUGGUUUAGUUUGCAAUAAGCCAACAGUUUGGGUUCUCCACUAUCUUAACACAUCUGGUGCAAGCUGUGAGAGUAGAAUUAUUGGUGUAUAUUCCACAAAAACUGAUGGAACAGAUGCUAUUGAUAAGCAGCUGGGAGGAAGAAUUCACAGUAAAAGCAUUUUUAAAAGAGAGGCGGGGAAUAAUGUUCAGUACAUUUGGAGCUAUUAUUCAGUAGCUGAAUUGAAGAAAAUGAUGGAUGCCUUUGAUGCCUGGGAAGGAAAAGGUGUUAGCUACUGGCGGGUACCUCAUGAGCUGAUAGAAUGUUGGACUCUGGAAGAGCGGCCUUUACUUGGAAGCCUGCGUCACAUGGCCCCAAUUCGAAAGAGGCGACUGAUAGCUUUCAAUGAAGAAGAAGAAGAAGUGAACUGUAAGACUGGUCCUAAACCAGUCCGAUUUCUGGGCCCUUCCACCAGCACCCAAAUUAAAGUCAAGAACUCGGCGUCGGUCCGAGUGUCUGCGGCCAGCGCCCUCCACUCUUCAGGCGGAAAGGCAGCGCAGCGUUCUGCGUCGCCAAAGGCCCCGUCGUCGGUGGGCACCGUGCUGCCAGGCCAGCCCCAGGCUUCCCGCGGGGCCAGGAGCGCUGCUGAAAACGGAGCCGCACACCCACCCCCGGCCAAGGUCCUGCUCUCAGACAAGAAAGCCACCCCGCCGCGAGUGAUAAAACUGAAGCGAACUCCACUGUGCGCCGCCGGGCCUUCCCCGCCAGCCGGGGCAGCACCGCGACCCGCGGAACCCCUAGUGCCGCCCCCGGAAGUCCCUGACGCGCACGCGCAGACUGAAAACGGGCGGGGCCAGGCUGAUUGACAGAAAAGUGGGUUCCUGACCUCCAGCUUGCCUCUCGGAGCGCCCGACCCGUGUGGUGCAAAUAAGUGGCGCUGUUCUUGGUGCAGUAGAGGUGAAAGCUUAUGCUGGUCUUUAGGAUCGUUAUGGGAAAAAUGAAGUGAGUCAAGUAGGAAUGGAGGAAGGAAGCUUUAAGUGGUUGAGCCUAUCUUUACUUUUCAUUUUCCUUACUUUGACAUGGUUUGUCUACUGAUAGUUUGAAUUUCAGGGUGGUUUUGUUGGGUUUUUGGGUUUUUGUUUUUGUUUUUUUUUUGAUGGUUAAUCCGUAUUAAGGCAACAAAACAGCACAGUACAAUAAAACAGUACAGCAGAACCAUCACUAGAGAAGUCUACUUUGUUGCUGAGUAAUUAUAGACUUUAGGCUCUUUUGUAAUGUUACUCAUUGCUGCCCAGGGCCAAGAGUGGGAUUAGUAUUCCCGUCUGCUGAAACAGAAUAAGAGAGGGUGGCGUUAAUGCUUCCCUGCGCUGUGUCCCAGCCAAGAGAGAUUUGAGAGAAAAUGUGCACCAAGGUGAACCCCCCCACAGGUUACUUUCAGUCUCAAAAGCCGUCAUGAAAAGAUAUGAGGAGGAAAAAAAGAGUAAUUGAAGAUCACACUUUGACUCAAAGUAUUUUCUUUCCUAGAUUGUUUUUUUUUGUCUUUUCUGGUAGCAGAUUUAUUUAUACAUCACAAGAUAUCUUGGAAUGAGAACCAUAUAACAUGUCUUCAGAAUGGAUUGUUAAAAUGUUUUAAUUUGAAUAAGUGAAGUUUUGAAAGUACUUUGAAAAAGAAGUUAAACAUUAACUUUUAACUAAAGUUACUAUUUGUUUCUCAGGAAUGACCACUGAAGAGUCAUUCUGACCAUGUAAUAUGAUUUUUAUGCAUAAAAUUCCCAUUUAACUUGAACUUAAUAUUUUUAAACAAUCUUUUAAUUAAUCCUCUAUUUUUCACAACUAUUCAGUUGUAUGUGUUUACUCUUACAUGUUAAGUUUUAUAAUUGGAUCCCAUAUUUCUGCCUUCAGUAAGCAGUAUGCCUACAGUGUAUUAAAAAUAAGUCCAUAAAGCAGGGUACUUUUUACUCAAUGCUUAUCAUUGUACUUGCAUUACUUUGAAAGAGUGAAUAUACUCAAAACAUUACUUUUUACAAAAUAAAGUAAAACUUUUCCAUAAAAAGUAA